AGUUAGAACGCGUAAAACAGGCAAACAAAAGUAAGGAAAACGAGUAGAACGUUAAAAGUAGCGUGAGUCAACCAGAUCCGUGCCCGUCUAACCGCGUUCCGUCAACCCACGCGCCUAAACGGAGAGUUCGGAGCUAUAUAUGUUUAUUCGAAUAAAAGUUUACCCAACCCGAACGCAGGGAGGAUCGAUCGAAUGUUCUUGUUUCCCCCGUUGUCGUAACCCUGCCAAGUAUAGUCGCAGAAUGUCCCGUCGUGUUUCACAGAAAAGUUGCGUGUGACGUAAAGAUGCGAUAGGCGCGCUGACGUCACGUCGUCUCCCCUGUAAGCGUCGUCGGGGUUUACGAUACCCAGAGGGCAAGGUUCGCUUCUGCUUUAGUAGCGGGUAAUCGCGUGGAAGAGGAUUACGUGACGUCACCUACUCGAUGAUCGAAUGCGUACAUCGCGGAUAUCCGUCGUACAUUCAUGUUUAAUUUGCCACGAUGAUCGGCUAUCCGUGAAACGCGCGUGUCGUUACACCUUAAAAGGCAAAGAGCGGCUUCGACGACGAAAGAAUAUAGCGUAGGAGUAGCGUAGGUCGCCUGUCUCUGCUCGUAAAGGCGACGGGGUGGACAAAACAAAAGUUUUCGAUAGUAAAUUAAACUAGAAUGUCACCUCCGAGGGAACAUCGCGAGCGCUGUGCAAGCAUUUGAAUAAAAAUAUAUGGAGCCACGUCGUGUUUAACAUUAUUUUGUUUCAAGCAACCGUUGAAUGUUUGCAUAGCGUUUUCACGGUGUUCGCGUCACGGAGAUUCAACGAUACUCGUGUUCACGGUUUCGCGAUUACGCUGGUCUAGAUAAAUAGACGUUGCAGCGAGAUACUUGGAGUUAUGAACGUUCGCUUCCUCUCGUUGGGAUAAUAUUUAUAUAUUCCUCCGUUAUUCGCAGUGCUUAACUUCGCAACCGUUGCUCGCGUUUCGCGCGUAAGCGCUACAUGCGUAGUGAAUAAAUCUGACAAUGUUAGUAAACGUUAAUAUAUUUUAAAAAUGAAUAUUUCCCGCCGAGAAUUGUUGUCCAACUUCUUUGAAACGUUAUCUUGAUACGAUAAAAUUUGAAGAAUGUCUAUCGAGCCGGUCAAUUUUGAAAAAAUCGUUUGUUCCGAGGGUACGAUCGGAUGUUCACCCUUAACGGUUGGGGUCGUGAAACGACGAGAAUCGUACGUGUCGCGCGUACUCGCGACGCUUUGAUCGCGCGGCUCGCUUCUAAAGAAAACAGACGCGUUCACGAUGUCUCAAGAACACCGACGCGCGAUUGGAAAAGAAAACAAUUCGACGAAGACGUUGCCCCGAGCGUCGUGGGGCUCGGUCGCUCAACUCAUUGAUAUACAUAUGCGAAGCUACGGUUCAUGCUGCAGUCCCCGACGCGACAGCUAAAUCAUUCUCCUACGGGACGACUAUUAUUAAACGUGUUACUUGCCUUUUCCUUAUUUUACAUAAUUAUUUAUAGACGAAGGAAGCCUCUACAAACACAAAGAGACACUUAUAUUAAAUAUACGAUAUAACUUUAUAGAAUAAUUAAGAAAAUUAUACUGUACUGUUACAGGUGACCAACUCUUCUCUGCUUUCCUUUGAUGUACAAACCAUUUCCCCGAAUUCUGUUCGAUGAAACUGUGUCAGCUAUUGAUCAAUGUCUUCUGGUCCCACAGUCACGUAUGCACCUAUUUCGAUUCCUUCCUGAAAUUCAACUACUAUAUCGGGUACUCGGAAUUGCGUAAUCGACGUCAUUGGGCCUGAUCGUCGAUGAAGCUGCGACACUCUUCGAGGAAGGACACUCGUUCUCCGAUGAAUACCUGCACGUGUAUAAAAGCAACGUCGGACCCUCCGAUCAGGGAUCAGUCCAUCGCGGCUAUUCGUGCGAACAUGAUCGAGAUCGUGUUUCUGCUCUUACUCGGAAUCUGCGGGGCUUCGAGUACACCUGUAGCGUCUUACGCCGAUGGGAACCUCUCGAAUCACACGGAAAUGGAUUUAUCUCCGCUUCCAGGCUCGGGAAAUCUAGCUGAAAAAGCGAUCCCGCUGUGGCAGCUGAUCGAUAACGAGAAGCCUCUUUUACCAGCGAUACAGAUUGCGAUGGAAGAACCGCGGCAGACAACUCAUAAACUUCCUGGGACGAAUAAUUUGGCCGAGAAACGUAUUCCCGAUGUGAUCCUGAAAAAGUUCUCUCAUCCGCAAGCUACUAGGUCCACGGACGAUACCUUUGUUCUCUAAGGAAACUUUGAAUAACAACGUCGGAUGAGCAAGCAUCGAGCAAGAAAAUAAAGACUGUUUUUUAAAUUAUUCGAAGGACGAUGGCAGCUUUCCGAAAUACCUUUUCCUUCAUUAUCUUACUACUCUCGGAGCGUUGGAAAUUGUGAAAAUCUAGUCUAGCCUAUUCUAUAAAGGGAUAACUUAUAUCUAAAUAUAUCAGGAACUAAACAUAUAAAUUAUGUAUAAGCCAAGAUAAUUUUAUCUCUAUUUUGUGUUUGGUUACAUUUAGAUUUUUAUAUCGUUAUUGUCUAAAGAAGUGCCUGUUAU